AUGUCAGCGACCACACAACUCUCAAAUUCCAUCGCCGUCUCGAUACCCCAGCUCCGACCCCCAUCGCCAUCAAUUCCGGAUCGAAAUCUAUCCCCAUCCCCAUCCCACCCUCCAGCCCCUCCUCCGCACCCAGACCACGACACACAAAACUCCGCGCCCCCCUCGCUCCUCUCAAAACCCGACUCUGCACAACCAGCGCCCUUCCAGUCCGCCACCGACCCCGAGGAGCCCACCCACCUCCUCCCGCGCUCCUUCUCACAGCCGCAGUUCCCUUACCCAUACCACUUCGCCGCGGCCUCCCUGCGCGAGGUCGUCCUCAACAACAGCAAUCAUGCCCUGCUGCAGCGGCCCAGCAGGCCCAGCACGGGUACUGGUCCGGGCAGCGGCUUGAUAGGUGCGGGCCUAGGUGGGGACAUGUUCGCGCCGCUCUGCGCUAGCGCGCGCACGAGCUACACGCGCGUGGACGCGACCUCGGGCCCGGGCUCGGCCAUUACGACGGUGCCGGGCACGCCGCAGGGGCAUCCGGCGGAUUUGCAGCCUGUUGACUUGUCGGUUUUGCCGCACGCGGCUGAUGCGGAGCAGGAGGAGAGCCUGGAUGGCGGGUCAGGAGGCGGGGAUGAGAAGAUGGCGGUGGGCGAGGACGAGGAGAGGAUAUAUUUGACGUUUUUGUUGAUUAGUGGGAGGAGGAGGACGAUGGUGUUUGGGAGAGAGGACUCGGUGGGGAGGGUGAAGGAGGUUGUGUGGGAUGGGUGGCCGGAUGACGCUGAUCUCAGUGGUCGUCGCUUUGCAGAUUGGGAAGAACGCCCACCCACGCCGUCCUACCUCCGGAUACUCUACCUCGGAAAGAUCCUGCAGGACGAGGACACGUUAGAAAAGUGGUCAUUCCCGAUCACCCCACCGCACGCAGCGGCGCCGCCCGCGCCGCCGGUCGUGCACCUGUCGAUCCGUGCGGCGUUGCCGGUGGAGGAGGAGCCGAAGAAGAGGCGUAGGAGGGGGAAGAGCGUCGCUGGGGAGGAGCCGGGGGAGGAGGCAGGGUGCUGUGGCGGAUGUGUGGACCCUGUUGUUUGUAAUACUACUCUGCUCUGCCGCCCUGCUCCCGUAUGGACAUUUGAGGUGCGGGGCGGGGGGGAAGUACGGAUGGAUGGUCGUGUGGUUGGCGGUUGGGCUGUAUAUUAG